AUGUCUGAAUUGUCUAUACAUCCAAUCAAUUACUCAGAAAAUUCACGUAUAAAGAACUAUCCUUUACAAAAAUCAUCUUCUGCUCACGAUCUUUUUCUACUCCCUCACAAUAACAAUAAUAUUAUAAAUCAUAAAGGAUUAUCGAACGUAAGUAUUACUAUGAGUAGGUUUAAUAGUGGUCAUCCCACUAGUAAUAAUAGUAAUAAUAAAGAGAAGAAUAAACCAUUGUUACCACAUGGUGCAUCAUCGUCAUCACGUCCAAAGAGAUAUUCACCGGGAAUUCCUCCUGUAGGAAAUAAGAGACGAAUAACAAAACCAGAUUUUAUGAAUCCUUCAAAUUUUUUGAUGACUGAUUCAAUUAAAAAUGAGCAACUGUUAUUAUCCUCAUCACAACAAGCUAAUGCUGUUACUAGUUGUUUAAGAAAUUCAAUAUCAAAUCAAUUUUUAUCUAAUGUGCUUAAUGAAAAUUCAACUCCACCACCUUCAACACCUUCAAUGGAUCCUACAUAUAAGAAAGUAAUAAAUGUUACUCCACAACCAUCAUAUAUUAUAUCAGAUCCAUCAAUGAUGAUGAAAAGUCCCUUAGUUGGAGCUGGCACCCCUCAUAAUAAUAAUAAUAAUUAUGACCAAGUUUCUUCAUCAAGAAUAAAUAAUAGUUCAGGUGUGAGUCCCAAUAGAAUUCCAACUCAGGCUAAUUCACCCUUAGAAAAUACUAUUUUUUCAAAUAGAUCUCCAACUAUAUCUCCUGAACAUACCAUGAAUCAACAACAAUUGAAUAAUGCCAAUAAUAAUACCACUACGUAUGAAACAUUCCAUCAACCUCAACAACAACCGAUUAAUACCAUUAUACCGAAUAAUGACAAACUCGCAUCAAUGACAGGAUAUGCAGAAAGUCCAAAUAUACCACAGAAUAAUCAACAAUAUGACACCACGAAUUCUAAUGGCGACGACAAUAAUUAUGAUAGCAAUAAAAAAAAUUCAGAGGAUAAUUUUAAUAAUGAGGACAAUAGUAACACAAACACAAAUAAUGAUAACAAUAAUAAUAAUAAUAUUAAUAAUAACAAUAAUAACAACAAUGACGGGAAUAAUCCCGAUAACAAUCGCUCUAGUGAUAAAACUAAUGGGAAGAAGACUGGACAAGCAUUGAUUCAAAAACUUCAAGAUAUUUAUAAAUUAAUUGUAAAACAAGAAAUCGAAUUACAAGAUCGUUGUGCACAAUUAACUACAUCACAAACAACCGAAUUGAAAAAUUUAUGGACAAUUUACAAAAUUAAUAUUGAUCUAAUUAAUAAUUAUACUACUUUCAUUACCACUGCAUUAUUACCUUCGCAAUCACAACAAGAUAUCUUGAUUGGUGAAGAAAUCAUAGAGAUUUAUAGAAUUGAAAGAAGAUUAUGGGUAUAUGGUACAAUUACUUUCUUAGACGUAUUGAAAAAUUUUUCAAAUUUCAUGGAUCCUGAUGUUUGUUCACAAUUUAUUACCCAUGUUUUUAUCUCUUUAUCCACAAUGCUUAUAGAUAUACCUCCAAAACAUUCCAUUCCAUGGUUACAAAGAUUAGGUGAUUUAUCUAGAAUGGCAAUUGCUUUGUAUCCAUCGGGAUUCAUAGAUUGGAAAUUAAGUGCAGAAUAUUGGUAUUUAGAGGCAAUGAAAUUUACAUAUAGUCAUGGUAAAUUAUAUUACCAUAUGUCAACUGUUCAACAAAAUACUUUAGAAGCCUUCGUUAAUUUAGGUAAAAGUGUCUUUUGUCAGGAUACUUUUACACCCUCACAACAAUACAUGCAAUUAGUUAUUGAUAAUAUUUACCAACGUACCUUCGUUGAUCGAACUAACAAUGGUAAUAUUAGAAACUCUGAUUUAAUUGAUUAUUUAAAGCAUAGUGAAGUCAUGCUAUUACCAACCUUUUUGGAGAAUGCAGAAUUACAACGUGUUGUGUUAAAUUAUUUCCAAGAUAGAUUCGGAAUUGAUUAUAAUGAAAAUAAUAUUUUUGAAACACAACAAAUGUUUACUCAAAUUCCAUCAUCAUUACGAUUUUAUUUUAGACAUGCACCAGCAUUUGCUGAAUCUCAUAUAUUACAGAUAAUAGGUUUUGGUGAUCCAAAAAAUCCAUUUGCCAUUUUAUUUGAUUUACCUAAAUAUUUAAAGGAGAGAAAAGAUAAGAAAGAUAAGAAUAGAUCAAGAACUGCAGAUUCUAACAGUAAUAAUACAAAUGAUAGUAAUAAUAAUAAUAACAAUGGUAAUGUUAAUAAUACAGCUACAACCAGUAUUGCGACUUCUUCGACUACCACUACAACAGUAAAUUCUCCGAUUUCAAUUUUACAACCAAGUGGAGAUUUUGGAUCUGAUAUGUCUAUUGAUCAAACAAGUAUACAACUUUCUACAACAGAAUUUUUCGAAAAUAUUGAUUCUUUAAAAUCCCCUAUUAAGAAAGCUAAUAUUUAUAUAUGGCUGAAAUCAUUAGAUUUUGUGAAUUUAACAUCAUUAAAAUGUAGUAUGAUUGUUUUAAAGAAAUUUUUACAUGGACCAUUUUUAAUUGCAUUACCACAUUUCUUACCAUGGGCAUAUUUUAUUGUAGCUACUGCCACAAAAGCCCGUCGUACAUUUCAAGAUGAUGACAGUUCAUUAAAGUUUUGGAAUGUUUUGAUUAAGAGACUUUUCCCGUGGAAUACUAUAUCAAGUUUCUUAAAUAUUCUAAUCGCAUAUGCUCUCGAUAAUUUCCAUAAUUGUGAAUGUAUUGAUAAAAUUUGUAAUGAAUAUUCCAAAUUUGAAACAUUAGAUGAAUUUUUAUCUUACUUCAAUAAUAAUGAAGAAUUACCAGAAGUUUGGAAAUGUUGGGGUACUUUAUGGUAUGAUACAUUAUGUGAUAAAGGUGCAUUAAAAGCUGAAAAUUUUCAACAACUUGGUAUUAAAGAUCAUAUGUUUUUAGAUUUACCAAUUGAUGGUAUAGAUUUUGAUACACAAGAUGAAAUUGGUGAAAAAUUUUGGAAAAGAGCUUUACGUCUUAUCUUUAUGUUUAAAAAAAUUGCAGAAGAACUUGACAUUGGUUUAGCCAUCUCUAAUAAUGCUUCAGUGUAUUGUAAUGAUCCACAAGUAGAACCAUUACAUGUAUUAAGAACGUUUUGUUUUAAAGCUAUUCCAUACACUGAAGAAACUUCGACAAGAUUUAAUGAAAUGAUACCAUUGUGUGAAGAAAUUGAUGAAAUAAAUUCUAAUUUUAAUACAAUUCCAUCUUUAAGUUUAAUACCUGGUGAAAGUAUAUUUGACUAUCUUGGUUAUAAGAAAUUUUUCCCAGAUGGAGAAUCAUUUGAUAAGAAUGGUGAUGUAAUAAGUUCAUCAUUAUAUACAAAAUAUUUGGUUGAUAAUAAAACUUCAAUGAAUAAUAAUGGUAGUGCAUCAGUGGCUAUAGAUUCUUCAAAAUCUUCAUCAGGAAUUAAUUUUACAAAUGCAGCAGCAACAACAACAACUACAACAGCUACAACAAGUGCAGAAAUUACACCAAGUCAAACAAUACCCGUUCAACCUUCAAUAAAUAAUUUAUUUGGAGAUGAAGAAGAAUGGUUUACAAAAUAUAUGGGACAAGAAAAUACGUUUGAUAAUUUCAAUGGUCCAAUGGAUGUUAUUAAUAAAGAGUUUACAUAUUUUGUAUUUGAUGCAACAUCCUGGUUACGUCAUUUUGCUCAUAUUUAUAAACUUGCUACAAAUAAUUUAUUAAGAUUUGCAGUAUGUUUAACAACGUUUCAAGAAUUAAGAUUUUUACGUAAAUCAAAGGAUGAAAAUGUUGUUGAAGCAGCUGCAAGAGCAAUUAUUACAAUGAGACAAUUAUAUAGAGAGGAUAAAUUACUACCAUUAAGAUUUACAGGCAAUAUGGCAGCAGAUAUUGAAGAACAUUUAGAAGUUGAAGAACAAAUUACAUGGCGUUCUCAUGUUGAUGAAUUUGUUAUUGAAGCUGUAAUGAAAGCGCAACAAAAAUUUAAAGAACAUAAUACGAUUGGAUUAUCAUCUGAUUUUAUUUAUGUUGUCUUAGUUACAGAUGAUGUUACAAUGGCUAAAAAGGCAAAAGAUCAACAAGUAAUGACAUUUAGUACACAUUUUGUCUUUUCUUUAUGUACAAAGAUGGGUAUAAAGAAUAAUAUCUGUACGAAUUAA